AUGUACCUUGCCAAGAAAAUCGUUUUUCCUCUUUUUCGCUCUCCUUUUCUCCACACUUUCUCUCUCUCCCUCCUUUCCUCCCCUGAUGCUUUCUCUCUCUUUCCUCUUUUUCUCUCUCUUCUUUCCUCUUUUUCUCUCUCUGCUUUCCUCUUUUUUUCUACUCUGCUCUCUAUUCCUCUCCCGUUUCCUCCGCUCUCUCUCCCGUUUCCUCCGCUCUCUCUCCCGUUUCCUCCUCUCUCUCUUUCGUUUCCUCCGCUCUCUCUCUCUUUCGUUUCCUCCGCUCUCUCUCUCUUUCGUUUCCUCCGCUCUCUCUCUCUCAUUCCUCCUCUCUCUCUCUCCCAUUCCCUCCGCUCUCUCUCUCUCCCUCCCAUUUUUCUCUCUCUCUCUCCCAUUCUCCGCUCUCUCUCUCCCCAUUUCCUCUUCUCUCUCCCAUUUCCUCCGCUCUCUCUCUCUCCCAUUUCCUCCACUCUCUCUCCAUUUCUUCCAUUUCUCUCUCUUCUCUCUCUCCCAAAUAUGGAUCUCUCCCAUUCCCUCCUUAAUUCUCCCCAUUCCUCCUCUCUCUCUCCCAUUCCCUCUCUCUCUUCUCUCUCUCUCUCCCAUUUCCUCCUCUCUCUCUCUCUCCCAUUUCCUCCGCUCUCUCUCCCCAUUUCCUCCGUCUCUCUCUCUCCCAUUCCUCCGCUCUCUCUCUCCCAUUCCUCUCUCUCUCUCUUUCAUUUCCUCCUCUCUCUCUCUCCCUCCCAUUCUCUACUCUCUCUCUCUCCCAUUCCCUCCUCUCUCUCUCCCAUUUCCUUCCUCUCUCUCUCUCCCAUUCCUCCUCUCUCUCUCCCAUUUCCUCCUCUCUCUCUCUCUCCCAUUCCCUCCACUCUCUCUCUCUCUCCCAUUUCCUCAAUCUCUCUCUCUCCCAUUCCUCUCUCUCUCUCUCUUCCCGUUCCCUCUCUCUCUCUCUCCCAUUCCUCCGCUCUCUCUCUCCCCAUUCCUCUCUCUCUCUCUCCCGUUUCCUCCGCUCUCUCUCUCUCCCGUUUCCUCCGCUCUCUCUCUCUCUCUCUCUCUCCACUUUCUUCCUCUCCUGCUCUUUGCUCUCCAUUUGUCUUCUUUUCUCUUUCUUAA